AUUUCUUCAUUUUAAAUAAAGCUGAUAAUAUUACCUACCUGUCGGGAUGUCUGUGAGGAUUAAAGGAGAUGGUACAUGCAAAACCAUCAGUUUCCGGGGGACUGGUACAAAGAAAUAACUCAAUACGUGGUAGCUUUCAAGUAUACGUAUCAGUGCAAUAUCCUUUUGUAGCCCCAUUUCUGGCCCUUCGGGCUCCAGGAGCGUAAGGGACCCAGGAACCGCUCCGGGAGGUCAGACGUGCGAGUGCCGGGCUCAGUCCCUCUCCUUGUGCCCAUUACACGGAUGAGCAAACUGAAACCCAGAGCCACGCAGUCACAAGACAAGUUACUGGCAGAGUCCAGUUUCUAGAACGGAUUUUCUGCAGAUAAGGAGGCCCCAGUUCCUCAUUUCUCACACCCAUCCCCCAGCCCCAUCCUCGCUCAGAAUCAGCACCGUGAAGAGCUGCGCAGUUUUUCUGAGAAGGAAGUUGGAUCAUCAGUCCCACGAAGCCCGGGGAACUCUAAAAAUAAAAGAAGGAAAACCCCUCCCCGCUUCUUGGGUAUCUGUGAAUGAGGAAGGAUUUUUUUCUAGUUAUGAGGCAAGAGGGUGCACUCUGCUGAGGGAGAGCCCCCCUUGGUUCUGGCUCACACCUCUGCUCUGAGGUCCCCGUUGAGGGGAGGUUUGGGGGUCGCGAGGCAUCAGUGGGUGAUUUUGGGAAGAGGGCAGCUGGGAGAAACAGUCGGCGCUCAGACUUCGUCAGCCGCGCUUCAGAUGGCGGCUGCCCGGCCACGCCCCCAGCGGCUGGAGAGACCCUUUUCCCAAAAUGGAGAGCGGGAAGGGCGAGAACGUCCAUCAGAGUUUGGCCCCGCCCCCGAGGACAGCGAGGGCCAAUUAGCGACCCGCAGGGCGAGUGCGAGGCCAGGGGAGGAGGCUGCUGUUGCCCCAGCAACCACCCGGGAGAACGAAGGCGGUCGCGGCCUGGGAGGGAUCGCGGCGCCGCGGGUCUCUCCCUGCCGGAAAGAUCGCGGGAGAGCGCGAGCCACGCGGGAAGGCAGCGCCGGUGGAGAGAGGGACAGGGCUAUGGCUGAAGUGCACGUGAUCGGGCAGAUCGUGGGGGCCACCGGCUUCUCGGAAAGUAGCCUCUUCUGCAAGUGGGGCGUCCACACAGGGGCGGCAUGGAAGCUCCUGUCCGGCGUACGGGAGGGCCAAACACAGGUGGACACCCCCCAAAUAGGGGACAUGGCCUACUGGUCCCACCCCAUUGACCUGCACUUUGCCACCAAAGGCCUCCAAGGCUGGCCCCGACUUCAUUUCCAGGUGUGGUCCCAGGAUAGCUUCGGCCGCUGCCAGCUUGCCGGCUACGGCUUUUGUCACGUGCCCAGCAGUCCAGGCACUCACCAGCUGGACUGUCCCACAUGGCGGCCUUUGGGCAGCUGGCGGGAGCAGCUGGCACGGGCCUUCGUGGGUGGUGGGCCUCAGCUGCUGCAUGGGGACGCCAUCUACAGUGGGGCCGACCGCUAUCGCCUGCAUACAGCCGCUGGUGGCACCGUGCACCUGGACCUGGGCCUGUUGCUGCGUCACUUUGACCGCUAUGGCGUGGAAUGCUGAGGCACCUGCCUCCAUGGCCCAUCCACACCCCUGGGCACCCGUAAGGGGUAGGAUGGUGCAGUCGUCAGAGACAUGGGCUCUGGAGACUACCUUACCCUACCCAGCGGAGGCCUGGGGCAGCUUCUGUCUGGCCAGCACCGCAAGCCCAGUACCUCUCUCUCCGAAGUCCAUUUUCCCCAUCUGUGAAAUGGGGGCAGCAAGUAUGUGGGGUCCCAGGGGUUUGGGGAGAAGAGGCAGCCUCACACAUGGAAGUGCUAAAUAAAGAUCAGUUCUGACCA